UUCGCAUGGUGACACCCUUAGCUAACUCUUCCUCUUCCUCUUCCUGCUCCUCCUCCUCCUCCUCCUCGUGCCAUCGGCGGAGCAGACAAUGCUGCUUGCUGAUGCUGCUCAGGUUGAGUGGCUCUCGUCGCGUCUUCCACACGUCGCUUAGUCACCGACAAUGAUUCCUUCGCAAGGCCGUUGCGUCCUGCUCUCGUCGAUAUGCGCUCUGGUCGCCCCCACGCUGCUCCUACCCUGCCUCGCCGCCGAAUAUGUGCAGCAGAAUCUCACAGAUUCUCCAGGCUUCAAGCUGCUAUCGGGAAUUUCGUCUGUCCCGGCACCUAUUCGAGUUGCGCCGGAUCAAGAUUGGAUGGGGACGGACGGCGCAUGGAAUACCUUCAGUCUGCUCGUAGGCGACCCACCCGAGAACGUACGAGUCCUGGUAUCGACUGCAAGUCAGCAGACAUGGGUGAUAAACCGCCAGGCCUGCGUAUCGAAUAUAACGGACCCCAAGACUGGGCAAAUCGCCCAGCUCAAUGCUUUCAAUUCCGACUGCGAGACUAGUCGCGGCUUCCUCUACAACAAUACCGACUCGAAAACUUGGCGCCGGAAAGGGUAUUAUCAACUGUGGCUGGAGAAGAAUCUAGGGCUCGUUGGGAAUGGACUGUAUGGGUUCGAUUCGGUGGGCUUGGGGCUGCUAGGGGAGCAGGGGCCGUCCGUUCAAAACACCACAAUCGGUACACUGGUCACGGCAAACUUCUGGCUCGGUCAUAUUGGACUCCACCCGAAGCCCACCAACUUCUCUGCCUUUGAAAAUCCCAUCCCAAGUUAUUUGUCAGACCUAUUCACCCAGAAGAAAAUUCCCAGUCUGUCGUUUGGCUACACAGCGGGGGCGCAGUACCACGGUCAAACUGUCCUCGGAAGUCUGACGCUUGGUGGCUACGAUGCAUCUCGAUUCAUCCCCAAUGACCUGACCUUCAUUCUUGCACCCGACAAUGAGCGUGACCUUGUCGUCGGCGUUGUCGGUCUGACAGCAAGCACUACGACCACGCAAAAUAUUAAUCUCUUGAAACGCGAUGAUGUCACCAUGUUCAUCGAUUCGACUGUUGCCGAGCUAUGGUUGCCUGUCGAGAUUUGUAAAGCGUUCGAAGAAGCCUUUGGUCUGAAGCAUGACGCAGCCACCGAUCUCUACCUCGUAGACGAUGCUCUUCACCAGAAUCUGAUGACACAGAACCCGAGCGUGACCUUCACCCUGGGUCAGAAAUACAGCACUGCAACUACACUACAAAUCACCUUAUCCUAUGCUGCGUUCGAUUUACAAGCCUCACCACCCUACCGGGGCCUACAAGAAAAGACCAAGUACUUUCCAAUCAGACGAGGCAAUGAUUCGAGUCAAUGGGUGCUCGGUAGAACAUUCUUGCAAGAAGCUUAUCUGACCGUUGAUUGGGAGCGGCAGAACUUCUCCCUGUCGGCAAUUGAUUGGACCUUCGGCAAGCAGUCCGAUCUUGUUCCCAUUGUUUCGCCUCAGUAUGCAGUGCAGCAUUAUAGGUCCCCCAAGAAGCCGGGCUUGUCUACUACCCCCAUAAUUGGCAUCGCAGUAGGUGGCGGAUUUACCUUUGCGCUGAUCAUGUGUGCAAUUGGUUGGUGGUUCUGGCGCCGUCGGCACAAGCGCAAGUUGGAGGUGAUCAAGGCGAAGUAUGAGGCUGAUGUUGCUGCUGCGGCUGCAAAGAAAGACUCUUCAGAGAGGUCAGCCAAAACCCCAACGUCACCUGUACAUGACAGUGAGGAAGCAACGAGGGUGUUCCCCAAAGCCGAGUUACCUAGCCACUCGGCUACGCACCACGAGUUGGGUACCGAUCUCAAAGAGAAGAAUCCGAUAGCGAUCAGUGAAGCGGACAAUACAGAGCGGCCGAUCUACGAGAUGCCUGGAGACAUGCCAGAGCGCCAGGAAGCAGGCGGUCGUCAGCUUUCGGAGAAGGAAACAAUGGUGGUCCGAGAAAGGAUGUACAACGGCAUUGAUCCUAAUGGUAGCCCUCUUGUAUCGCCACUAGGAGAAGAGCCCCCAAGGCGACUGGUGCCCAUAUCCCCGUCCGAGGUUACCACGCUGAGUGGGAGACAUCCCAGCAGCAACAAUGUGUCGCCCGUCACGCCACGAACACCACGAGACGGCGCGCAUUUGGAGACGACGGAUACUUUUUUCCAGCUUCCACCGUAUCGUCCACCACGAGAUGGUAGGCUGAAUGAAGACAUACUUCUCUCGCCCAUUUCUCCUCUUGAAGGGCCCACGGACACGUCCCGGCGGCGGUUUUCUUACGAGUCAUGAGUUUGCAAAAAGUUGAUUAUUUAGCGACAUAAAUAGGUGGCGUUCAUUUGGGUUGGUACACCUGGCGUGGCAUUUGCGGCCCAGUGACGGCAGGACGAUGAUAUGACGGUUACGGCGUUUGAUUGGGAUAGGAUAUCUUUGAUGCCUAUAGGAAUCUAGAGUGCCUGUCUCGACGGGCGUAUGGCAGACAGUACCUUAUGUUUGUGGAGGUGAUAGCUGGAAGUGCUGGAUAUGAUAGAAGGGUUGCGGGACUGUUCUGCCCCAACCACAAUCUCGAUUUUCUACUCUAAUACUAGUG